AUGGAUACUUUCCACAAGUGGCACCCAAAGGAGUAUUUUUUCGUGAGGAUCAACGACAGAGACAUUUUGAUACGUCAGAUGGCUUUCAAGUACAAAACAAAUCAUCAGCAUGUCAAUUCAGGCCAGUGCUUAUGCAAUCACGAUCAGAAUCUGGCUAUGGGCAGAGGCUGGUUUCUCUAUGAGUACAAGCUGGAAGCAAACCUCAUCUUCUGCUUGACAUACAAGCCAAUUCGGUCUUCCCUUCGUCACUGCCCUAUUAGAGCCAAAACUGUUAAGGAUGUCUAUGAAGGAAAGGAGGUGUAUCCUGGGAACCCCUUAGUAGGAUUGAGGAAGCUGAUUUAUGCUCCUUCCUUAGGCUGUGCCAGCAGUCAUGGAGCUAUAAUCAGAGGGUAUCUUUGUCUUAAGCAUUGUGAUUGUUUCCGAUGA